AUGGCUGAAACGUCUUCGACUUCUGCUUCAGAUCUUCAACUGAAGAUAAAAAAAGCCAUUCAGAGUGAUGAAGUGAAGGAAAGUUUACGACUAAUAGAAGAUCUCAAGUUUUUCCUAGCUACAGCUCCCGCCAACUGGCAACAGAAUCAAGUGAUACGUCGGUACUAUCUUAAUCCAGACGAGGGGUUUGUAUCUUGCAUUUUCUGGAAUAAUUUGUACUAUAUUACCGGAACCGAUAUUGUCAGGUGCAUUGUGUACAAAUUUCAACAAUUUGGUCGUAAGAUCAUUGAUCGAAAGAAGUUUGAAGAAGGGAUCUUCUCUGAUCUUAGAAACCUAAAAACCGGCACCGAUGCUAUUCUUGAACACCCCAAAUCAGCAUUCCUUGACUUUCUUUAUAAGAACAACUGUCUAAGGACACAAAAGAAGCAAAAAGUAUUCUUCUGGUUUAGCGUUGCUCAUGAUAAGCUUAUGGCAGAUGCUUUGGAACGAGAUUUGCGGAAGGAGCAUGCUGGUCAG